AUGUUCGAAUUUGAAUCUGUAGAAACGGCGUCCACAUUUCCAUUGAUUCGCCUGCACUGUGCGGGCAGUAAGGAAAUAAAUAAUUGGCUACCACUGCAGCAGGAUUGGUCCACACGCUGGAGUACCUUAUCGGCAGGCUAUGCAGGAUCAUUCGCAAGCCACAUAGAUGAGCUGGAAACGCGCGACGAUGACGUAUUCCUGGUAACGUAUCCAAAGUGUGGCACCACUUGGAUGCAGGAGCUCGCCUGGUUACUGCUCAACCAGCUGGACUUUGAGCGUGCGAGCAGCGUCUGCAUAAGCGAGCGAAGCGUGUACUUGGAACAAUCUGCAAAUUCCAAAAAAUUGCCAAUGAACUCAAUACAGUCUUGUGAUCAAAUGACAAGUCCACGCCUCAUUAAGACGCAUCUACCUGCUCAAUUGCUGCCACGUCAAGUUUGGCAGCAAAAGCGCAAAAUUAUUUACGUCACGCGUAAUCCCAAGGAUGUGGUAGUGUCCUCUUAUCAUUUCCAUGUGGGCCUUGGACAUUGGGCAGGCGACUUUGAUGCAUAUGUGAACGAGUUUAUAAACAAUAAGAUUGUCUAUUCAUCGUACUGGACGCAUUUUGUAGACUUUUGGCGUAUGCGUCAUGAGCCAAAUAUUUUUUUCGUAACCUAUGAGCAAAUGAAAAGCGAUUUGCAGAAUGUCAUUGAAAAGUUGAGCGAAUUUCUAGGUGUUCAUAGCCUGAGUGCGCAAGAAAUGCAGCAACUUAUGAAUCAUUUGACAUUUGACAAUAUGAAACAAUCAAAAUGCACUAAUUUGACGGGAUUUUUUAAGAAGAUAAAAAAUGCCACAGACAACUUUGAAUUUAUGCGACGCGGCAUAGUUGGCGCAUUCAACGAUGAACUGAGCGAGAAUCAAAAACAAAAAUUGGAUAAAUGCACUAGUGAGAUUUUGAGUGAAUACAAUCUGAAGGAAAGCGACAUUUUCGGUGAUCUUAAUAAUAAUAUAUAA